AUGGAGAGCUUAGAUGACCCACGCUUCCGUGCCCAUCGCGACGAGGACUUUCUUCGCGACAACCCGCGAGACAACACCAAUAGGCAUGUAUGUGCUCACGCGGCAUACACGCACACACAGACACACACACAGACAAGCAGUGAGUGAGGCAAUGAGUGAGUGUCUUGGCUGAGUGCAGACUUCUACGGUUCACUAUUUUACGACCCAUCGGCAUUGAACGAGCGGCUGCAGCGAGGCGAAGAGGUGCCUGAGUGAGUCAAACAGCAAUUGUCAAACAGACAAGCAGAGAGCGGCAGGGCAACCGCUGUGACUCAUGUGAGCGUGUUUGCAGUGAUUUGGACGGCGUCGAGUAUCGUGUGGUGCAGCCGAUUCCCAUGGAUGAGCUGCAGCAGCGGGGACUCAUCACCUUCUCCAUCAGACCUCUGGAUCAUCGCCAAACUGACGAGAAGGACCAACGUCACGCACACUGCAACCGUACAGUACACUGACCGACUGACUCACUCAUCGGUGCCUGCCUGCUUGCUUCACCACUGGUCGUGUAUUCUGUGGUCUCUCUCUCUCUCUCUCUCUGUGUGGGGGGUGUGUGUGUGUGUGUGUGUGUGUGUGGUGCAGACGUAUUACGUGUAGGAGAGUGUGAUUUACGAGGCGCCAUCUCUGCUGCGGCUGCUCAACAAACGCCUCACGAACACGGCCACCAGCUUUGCUCGGUGAGCAGCCGAGACCCAUGCCCACUCUCGCUGUCUGUGUUGAUCUGUGUGUGUGUGUGUGGUUCAGAUGAGUGGUUUGAGACGGUGA